GUGUCAUAGAAAAGACAUUUGAAUGCUUUUUUUUGUAAUGCUAAUGUAAGUCAUGUGCUGGUGCUUGUAUGUAAUGAGGUUAAGUCACUGAACUAUGGGUUAAAGUUAAUACCAUUUGAUAAAGAUUUUGCCACAUAGAUAAUGACACUUCCCUAGUUUAAAAAAUACAAUUAGAAAAUGGUAUACAACGCCAUCUGUUAAAGACUUAUAAAAACUCAAAGACAGCAACAAAUAUUAUUAUGUACCUACAACAGUUACUUAUCGAUUGAAGUGCGAUAAAGUAUCCUACCUUCUCCGUCAAUAGUGGCGGCAGUUCUAGAACACACCAUUACCAAUAAUGCUACAAUUAAGUAAACCAUCAAACUUUGGGGACGAAUUUGUACUUCGUUCUGUUGAUUGGCUCGAGAACCUUCCAUGGCACGACGGAAAUAUUGUGAAAACACAAAAAGACAGAUUGGAGAUCAAUUUACUGGUUAAAGAUUUUGCCGCUGAACAAAUUCAGGUAAAGGUCGCCGAUGAUUUUAUUGUGAUUGAAGCGAAACACGAAGAAAAGAAAGACGAACAGGGAUUCAUAUCUAGACACUUUGUGAGAAAAUAUAAGUUGCCUCAGGGAAGUCAGCCCAACAAAAUCACAUCAACGCUAUCGGCUGAUGGUGUGUUGAAAAUAGUGGUGCCAAAAGAAACGGCUGUUUUGAAAGAUACUGCGAUACCUGUGGCAUACGAGGACUCAAAGAAGCCAAAUUCGAAAUUAUGAAUGAAAAAAAAGGAAAUUUAAUAAUGAAUAUUUUCUUGGUUUUCCACGAUUCGUAGACACAAAUAAAAGUACUUUUCCGGUUUAA